AUGGCACACACAUCAGAUGAGUGCGGCGUCGCUGGAUACAUCGACACCUGUAAGCUUGCCGUCAAAGCUCUCGGUCACAAGGGUAAUCCGAGAAGCUUGCUGAAACUGUUGCGGAUACCGUGCGAAGAUCCUCAGCUUCACUCUGCUGGUCAUGAUGCUUACUAUACCAUGUUGACGUUUCUGGCGACUAUCAAGCAGAUGUCCCCGCCGUUGCUCGCAGAUCCGCCUUCUGGCAAUGUCAACAAGCUCAACCGCUUGAUCUCGAGGCCUCGUUGCGACAGGAUAGUACAAGUCAAGCCGAUACCGAAAAUGACAUACUUUUUCGGAGCUAGAAAGUCUGUUCAGCUGAAGGGUCAGGACAGCAUACCAGCCCAAUAUGAGAGCCAGGUUCAGACGGUCGCAGUGACGUGGUUAAGCGAUCGUCAGUUACUGCCGAUGUUUCUUGAGUGGCGAUAUCGGAAGAAGUCCAAGUCGUGGGAGGCCUCACAGCGUAUGGAGCUUGGCGCGCUGCAAGCACGGACAAGAAUCUCAGGAUGUGUUAGCAUGUGA